UGUGAGUACUGAGUAAAACUAGAUCUGGCAACCCACCUCUGAGGCGUUCUCCUUUUUCAACAUGUCAGCCACCGUGAAGAAAUCAGUCGGAGUUGAAGAUGUCAAUGUCACUUUUGAAGACCAGCAGAAGAUUAACAAGUUUGCCAGAAACACAAACCGGAUGACCGAGUUGAAAGAUGAAAUAGAAGCCAAAAAAAAGUCCCUACAGAAUCUGGAGGAUGCCAGCGAUGACCUUAUGAUGUGCGAAGACGACGACCUUCUGAUUCCGUAUCAGAUCGGCGACGUCUUCAUCAGUCACUCGCAAGAGGAGACGCAGGAGAUGCUCGAGGCAGCCAAGGAAAGUCUCAAGGAAGAAAUCAGAACACUCGAGGGUCGGGUUGCAUCAAUACAGGAAGUUCUUGGAGAUCUCAAAGUUAAGUUGUAUGCCAAAUUCGGGAACAACAUCAAUCUGGAAGCUGAUGAAAGCUGAGCCUUUCAUUAAUUGGACUUUAUUUGACAUACUCAACACCAACAGAACGCACAGCUUCCUAUACGGAGCUCUUUUUUUCGUUCGUUUUGCAGCGCUGGUGAUUGAUUCUGUCUCAUAUGGGUCAUUAUGUUUCUGUAGUUAUAAAGAAAUACAGGAUUUCAAAGAUGUGUCAGUUUAUACAGAAGACUCUGGGCAUGAGAAGUCAAUGCACUGUGCAGUAAAAUGGAUGAGAAGCUGUCACUGCUGUUGAAAUAAAAAGCUCGAACAGAA